UUAACUCCUGGAUGCAUCAAUUUAUCUCUGGCAUGGUUUCAACAGGGGCAUGAGUCAGAUCCAGAGGUAUCUGCAUCAUUGAAGGGGGCAUCCUCUGAGAAGAUCCUCAAAGCCAUUGUGAGGCCAGCAGCCAUUGCAACAGCAGCACUCAGGGUGAUGCAUCCUGAGCAGUACUGGGCAGGUUUCCUCAGAGAAAAGGCACAAAGCAAGGAACUGCCAAAGAUGUCAGAGACUCUCCAGUACUGGGCAUCCAUGUUUAACAGCCUGUCUGUUGUUUCCAAUUGGGAAACCCCCAAUCAUCAAGACCAUUUAUCUAUUCCUGAAUGCUUCGAUAUUCUCACUACUGUGGGGAAUUAUUCUAAUGCUUGGAUGAGUAUGCCAAGCCUUCAGCUGGAGUUCAGGUACAAUCUGGGUUGUAUGAUUGCAUUUUCUGGAAGGAUUGUGAGACAUGGGGUUCAUGCAGUGGAAGGGGAUUGGAUUGCUUGGGCAUGGUAUAUGAGGGAUUCUGUUCAUAUUUAUGCUGGGGUUCUGUCAUGUGGAUGGGCUAGGGUGGAUUACAAACAGUGA